AUGUCACGACUGUAUGAAGCAGUUUGGCCUGCUCUUUCAUCAAUUUACAAGAAGCCAAAAAAUUUCACAGAUUUAUGUAACGGUAACAAUCUUGACCCACAAAUUGUUCCAUUCACUUUUUGUCCAACAAUUUGCAUACGAAUGUGGGAGGAACCGGCUGUAGCUGAUGAACAGCUUGUAGGAGUUCGAAUAAGAGGUCAUAUACGUGGAUGCCUUGAUGAACUUCUCUAUAAUGGUUUCAAUCAAACAAUCAUCACGUGGUACAGAUGGAUGCAUCGUGAUUCAUGUCGUCAAUAUAGAAAGCGUGAGCUAUUCAAAUUACCGACAGAAUUAAGCGAUGAGAGCUAUAUUACGGUAUGUACUUGCUAUGCUGAUUAUUGUAACGGAAGAUCGUCUGCAGCAACAAUCGAGCAAGGAAUUUUGCAAUGUUCAUUCUUUCUUGUGCUCUUAUAUUCUCUUAUUAUUCUGUUUUCUAUCCAGAGGAUAUCAUUCUUAUCAAUUUGA